ACUACCUGCCAUCCGCAUCGCGACCCAAUUCAUCGUCGCCUCGGUGCCUCCGCCGGCCGCCGCCGCAGCGCGCCGGCGAGCGUACGAAGGGGGGCGAAUCCUCCCGCGCCUCGCGCGUGCCUCCAGAGCCUGCGACGGAGGGGGGCGCCAGCCAUGGCCCUCCGGCCGUCAACCUCCUGCCACCGCGCCGCGCCCUUCGCUCCAGCCGCCGCCGCCUCGGCGCGCCCCCGGAGGGGGACCCUGUGCCUCGCGGCAGCCAGCAGGCCUGCCGCCGCGCUGCGGACCCGCCCCGACGCGGCAGGCCGGAGGAGGUGUGAGUGCUUCGACCUCCAUCACCAGAUAGUUCCUUACGCGGAGGCUUUCGCUUGGCAGAAGUCCAUUGUUAAGAGGAGGAUAGGGUUGCUGGCCAGUGGCGAGGAUCCCUCGGACACCUUGAUUGCUUUACAACAUCCACCGGUUUAUACGUUGGGCUCUGACAGCAACAGGGAAUACCUCCAUUUUAACAGGGAAGAUGCUCCUUUUGAGGUCCAUCAGAUUGACCGUGGUGGGGAAGUGACGUAUCAUGGCCCUGGACAGCUUGUUAUGUACCCGAUUCUCAAUUUGCGGUACCACAAAGAGGAUCUUCAUUGGUACUUUAGGUCACUUGAAGAAGUGAUCAUCCGUGCACUGAAAUCCGCAUUCUUCAUCAAGGCAUCAAGGGUAGAAGGCCUCACAGGUGUUUGGGUUGGGGAUCAAAAAGUUGCAGCGAUAGGGAUUCGUGGCACCCGGAUGAUAGUUUACCAUGGUCUAGCACUAAACGUCACAACUGACUUAGCCCCCUUCAAACUGAUUGAUCCCUGCGGCAUAAAGGAUCGCGGUGUUGGGAGCAUUAAGGCCAUACUACAAAAGGAAUCCGGUGGAAGAGAAAUCGACGACAGGUUACUGAUGGAUAUAGCAUAUAGCUCCUUGAUGGAAGAGUUUGCUGAGAUUUUCCAACUCAGUUUAGACAUCAGCCCUCAUUGCAGUUUUCAGUGAGACAACAUUCUCAUUCUCAGCCUACUGCCUGACGUUUCAUUUUGGAGGCAGCAUGGUUGCCGCAGCCGUUCGAGAUGAAUUUUGCCAUAUUUGCUGCAGUCCGCUCUGUAUAGCAGUAGCACAUCCAUUCAGGUGCAGGAUGUUUCUGGAUUGGGUUUAUUCGGCGCCCCCCUCUUGAUGGUCUUCAGUGUUUAUAGCAUCAUGUAGUGCUCGUUUGCUGUAAGUAACAGUUUAUUAACCAAUUCUUCCAUACGACCCGAACCGGCAUAAAAAAUGGUGUCUAUUGUUGUUUUGCAUCAUCCAACAUUCUAAAUCGAAAGUGUUAUUCGUUUAA